AUGGGGAGGGCACCCUGCUGCGACAAGGCGACGGUGAAGAGGGGGCCAUGGUCACCAGAGGAGGAUGUGAUGCUCAAGACCUACAUUGAGGAGCGCGGCACCGGGAACAACUGGAUUGCAUUGCCGCACAAGAUUGGGCUGAAGAGAUGUGGCAAGAGCUGCAGGCUGAGGUGGCUCAAUUAUCUGAGGCCCAACAUAAAGCAUGGGGACUUCACCCCGGAGGAGGACAGCACCAUCUGCAAACUGUACAUUAGCAUAGGAAGCAGGUGGUCAAUCAUAGCCGCACAGCUGCCAGGGAGGACCGACAACGACGUCAAGAACUACUGGAACACCAAGCUCAAGAAGAGGCUCCUCGGCGGCCGGCGCAAGGACAACCAUGGCACGCACCACCGCCAGGGCGACGCCGCGAACGAGCUGGACAGCACCAACAACGACGGCGAGCGGCCUCUGAGCGCGUCGGCAAUGGAGAGGAUCCAGCUCUGCAUGCAGCUGCAGGAAAUGCAGAACCCCCUAGGCGUCAGCCACCACAGCCCCUUGCAGCUGUGGCAGCCAAAUCGCCAGGUUGCCACUCACAGCAACAACAGCAACAGCAGCGACAGCAGCAGCUUCAAUGUAACAGUGGCUGAGCAGGGACAGUCCAGCUCCCUGAACGAUCAGCACCUCAGCGGGCAGCAGCUGGCCUCGCCGUCCAGCGUCGAGAACUCGAACGUUGUCACCAUCGAGGCCGAGCUUCAGGAGCUUCUCUACAGCGCGACGACGACCGACAGCGUCGUCACCACGCAGCAAGGGGAGGUGGACUGGUGGAGCUAUGAUCAGCAGGGCAAGUCCCCGGUGAAUUGCUGGGACUUCACCCCUGAAACCAGCUCGGUGUACCAGGACUACACGUCUGUGGUGUAUGACAUGUGA